AUGUGUCCCACACCGCUAGACGUAUUAAAACAAAAGCGAUCUAACAUACGCAGGAGCAUUUCCCGCAUUGGAGCAGCAGUCGCCAAGACGGAGAAGGUUGAGAAGCCAAAUGCCGCGCUGACGCCAGCCGAACUCACGUGUCGGCUAACUAUUUUGGAGGCCUACUUCAAACAAAUCAUGGCCGUCCAAACCGAAAUCGAGGCACUCGACUCAACCGAGGAACAGCUAAACUACCGGGCCGAGCUGGAAGAUCUGUUCAUCGCUACAAAGGUGACCAUAAAGGAUCAGCUUGGAGACGACGUGCACAAUUCUACGCCGCUCGCCCAAGACACGCUACUCAGGCCUGGACCAACAUCAUCUCUUAAGCUACCAACUCUUGCGCUCCCGACCUUUGCUGGCGAGUACGCGGAAUACAGAAAUUUUAUUACUACGUUCCUGCAAGUUGUAGAUCAGCAGGAAGCGCUAUCGCCGAUCGAGAAGUUUAAUCACCUCAUAAACUGUCUCAGAGGCGCCGCCUUAGAAACCAUCAAGGCGUAUCAAGUCACUCCAGAGAAUUACAGCAAGGCCUUACUUCGCCUAAAGAGCAGGUACGAUAACCCCACCAUCGUAUUCCUGGACAACAUAGCGUCACUCUUCAAAUUGCCAACUGUGACCACCGAAAAUAGUGUACAGUUGCGCAGCCUGGUUGACAACGCAUCAGCGUUGUUUAACUCGUUGCGAUCUUUAGGAUCCGAAGCACAGAUAGCUCAAACGAUGUUGAUUGCUAUUGUCAUGGAAAAGGUAGAUAAGAGAACCCGGCAGCUCUGGAACGAAUCUCUUACGUUCGCAGCACUACCCUCUUGGAAUGCCUGCCUCUCCUUGAUUGAACGGCACUGCCAACACUUGGAGUCCUCAAUACAUCACAUCGGCAAUCCGAAUACAGCUCAAAAUACAUCCGGCAGAACGCGACAACCGCAAGCUCCACGCAUGGGCCACAGCUUUACGUGCUCCACGCAAGCGUGUCCUAUAUGCUCUGGCAGGGAUCAUCGGAUUUUUAGAUGUUCGCGACUGCAAAACAUGUCGCCUGCCCAACGUCUAGAAGCUGUCCGGACAAAAUCGCUGUGCACAAACUGCCUUGGAAAGGCUCAUCAUCCGUCAAAUUGUCCAUCUUCAAAUAGGUGCAGAAUAUGUUCACGGCUGCAUCACACUAUGCUUCACUUCGAUCCGUCAGGACAGGAAUCCAGGAGUCCUAGGCGGCCAAGUCCGACUAACGCGCCACCUCAGCACCAUGUCGCUGAGGCCGUCGCUCACGCACACGUGGAUACCCACCACGACCAAAUCAUUCUGGCUACAGCCAUAAUACUAGUGCAGGAUGCUGUGGGCAACUACGUACCAGGACGUGCACUACUGGACUCUUGCUCCCAAGUUAACUUCAUGUCCGAAGACUUCGCUCAACAACUUCGUUUGCCCCGAAGCAAGGGACUUAUCGACAUUCGAAGCAUUGGCGAUUCUUUCACCCGCAUCAAGCAUCGCAUUUCGACCGUUGUAAAGUCACGAUUCGGUGAAGCAGAGUUACCCGUCGAAUGCUGUAUAACCUCGAGAAUCGCCUAUCAACCCGAUGCAGAAAUCGACAUUUCAUCAUGGAGCCUCCCAGACAACGCUCCACUGGCUGAUGAGAGAUUUUAUCAGUCUCGCCAUAUCGACCUUCUUCUUGGCACAGAAACGUUCUUCACCGCUUUGUCUAUUGGCCAAAUCAAGUUGGGUCCCCAUCUCCCCAUGUUGCAAAAGACGAUCUUUGGAUGGGUAGUAUCAGGGCGUACCGGCAAUCAAGGCCAUGCCGCCCAAGCCCAUAGUUUCCUUUCAUCAGAGGAUUCAAUAAACCUGAACCUGGAGCGCUUAUGGCGCAUAGAGGAAGUUUCUACUACGCCAUUAACACUUACUCCACCGCAAGCUAAAUGCGAAUCGAUCUUCCAAAAAUCUGUCUGUCAGGUAGCGGAUGGAAGACUGAUGGUUCAACUGCCCUUCAAGGAUGACCCUAAUCUGUUGGGAAGGUCUCUUGAAACAGCACGGCUAAGAUUUGCAUCGUUGGAACGUCGCUUAAGCCGAAACGCGAAUUUGCGAGCCGAAUACACGAAUUUUAUGGAAGAAUAUGAGCGCUUGGGUCACAUGGAAUUAGUAACCAGCCCACUCCUCAACGAACCCCACUACUACAUACCACACCACUGCGUGUUUAAACUCAACAGCACGUCAACUAAACUAAGGGUAGUCUUUGACGCCUCGUGCCCAACAAGCACCUACAAGUCCUUAAACGACAUCCUUCUAGUUGGACCCACGAUUCAACCAGACUUGUUUACAAUCUUACUAAAGUUCCGGACUCAUCGUUAUUACAUCUUAUGGAGAAGCUCCAACGACCAGGAGAUUCGCACAUACCAGCUGAACACCGUUACUUACGGCACCGCAUCAGCGCCGUAUCUAGCAAUUCGCAGCCUGUCUCACCUCGCCAAUCAACAUGCAAGUUCACAUCAAAUUGGAGCAGAAGCCAUAAAAUCGUGUUUCUAUGUGGAUGACUUUCUCGGUGGAGCAAAUAAGCUAAAUCAAUUGAACCAGAUUCAAACCGAAGUCAUCGCUAUCCUCACGGCCGGCAAGAUGGAACUGGCAAAAUGGCACUCCAACCAUCAGGAUUUCGUCAAUGAUACAACGGUCAAGGAGCUAAAUCUCGACGACUACGCUACGACAAGCACAUUGGGACUGAAGUGGGACCAACGAGAAGACAUCUUCAAAUUCUCAUUCAACUGCAGCACAGCUCCGGAAAGUAUCACAAAGCGAACCAUUCUCUCGGUGGCCUCAUCCCUCUUCGAUCCGCUGGGACUUGUCUCGCCAGUUAUUAUGGUGGCAAAAAUCCUUCUACAGGAAAUUUGGCUUCUUAGAUUGCAUUGGGAUGAAUCAGUGCCAAUGACACUCCAACAAGCGUGGCUAUCGUUCGUGUCGUCGCUACAGCAUUUGGACUCUCUGCUCAUCCCACGUUUCUGCCUGCAGCCCCAUUCAGAUGAGCUCCAACUUCACGGCUUCAGCGAUGCUUCAAUAAGAGGGUAUGGAUGUUGCAUCUACGCAAGAACAAGGCGUGCCGAUGGCCACGUCGAAGUUCAUCUAAUCGUCUCAAAGUCGCGUGUGGCACCAACGAAGAAGAAGACGCUGCCGCAGCUCGAGCUCUGUGGAGCGCAUCUUCUAGCACGACUCUACAACCAGAUAAAGACAGCCUUUCUACAACACACGCCCGAGACGUUUCUGUGGACAGAUUCACAGCUGGUGUUGCAUUGGAUUCGACAACAUUCUGCAACACUUUCUACGUUUGUCGGCAACCGGAUAUCCGAUAUCCAAGAAUUCACUCCAGACUGUCAAUGGAGGUUCGUUCCGACACGGCACAACCCAGCUGACAUGAUCUCCAGAGGAUGCAACCUUUCAGAACUCACCAACUCAACAUGGUUCCACGGACCUACAUUUCUAUCAAAUCUGCCGACAUUAUGGCCACCUAAUGUACACGGCAAUCUGGACAUGGAUGUCGUAUUUUCAGAAAAACGCAAAUCAGCAUUCCUUGCAUCGACAUCGCCUUCCAGAAAUAGAGUCUUGGAAGCCCUCCACAACAAGGAAUCACACCAGUCUGGCUUAAGAUUGGUAGCAUGGAUGCUUCGAUUUUGCGACCGAUGUCGGAAGAAAAACCCCUUCACUACGAGGUCACUUUCCCCACUGGAACUGCGAAGGGCCAUGCUUUGCGUCGCAUGGAACCUACAACAGCGAUAUUUCAUCGAGGAAAUAACUCUCUUGCAAAAAGGCGCGCCGGUUCGUAGCCAUCUUAAAUUCUUAUCGCCCUUCUUGCAGAUCAACCUACUUCUCGUCGGAGGACGAUUGGAGCUCGCAUCGAUCCCAGACACCCACAAGCAUCCUAUAUUGCUUCCCGCUAAGGAUGUUGCUGUCGUCAACUACGUACGUCAUCUACACCUGCGGAACUACCACGCUGGACCAAGGGUCCUGGUGGGACUAAUGCGGCUGGAGUUUUGGGUCGUGAAUGCCCGAGAUGUCGCUCGUCGUGUUGUACGCAACUGUGUCCACUGUGUGCGCUACAGGCCUAAGCUGCUGCAACAACUUAUGGGCAGCCUCCCAGUCGAGAGAAUUACCCUGUCAAGACCAUUUGCUCGAUGUGGAAUAGACUUCUGCGGGCCGGUUCAUACUUAUCUACGCGUUCGAGGAAAGGUGCCCGUUAAAAGCUACAUCGCAAUAUUUGUGUGCUUCGCCACAAAAUCGGCGCAUAUCGAAAUCGUCGGAGACCUAUCAACUGAUUCGUUCUUGGGUGCUCUGAAGCGGAUGAUCGCCAGACGUGGUCUACCUGCAGACAUCUUUUGCGACAAUGCGACGAAUUUUGUAGGCGCGAGUAAAAAGUUGCAAGACCUGAAGGACUUUUUCUUCAGCACCAAGAACCAGAAAGACAUUAUAUCGUACUGUACAAACGAAUUUGUAACGUUCCAUUUCAUACCUCCUAGGGCUCCACACUUUGGCGGCCUCUGGGAGGCUGCCGUUAAAAGCGCCAAGAAUCUCUUGUACCGCACGCUCAAGGAUGCCCGAUUGACCUUCGAGGAGCUCUCAACUGUCGCUGCUGAGACUGAGGCGAUCCUAAACUCUCGCCCGCUCUCUCCACACUCAUCGGAUCCCAGCGAUUUGGCCGUCUUAACGCCUGGUCAUUUCUUAACCGGGGACGCUCUUCGAGCACUCCCAGACUGGCCUGUCAAGGAUGAUCAGAUCAACUGCUCUCAACGAUGGAAGCGUGUCAAGCAACACAUCUGGAGGCGCUGGUCUACGGAGUAUCUUCACGAGCUUCAUGCCAAAUCAAACUGGACGACUGGAUCUUCAAAUAUUGCAGUCAACGAAAUGGUCCUAAUCCACGAAGAUCAUGUCCCUCCUCAUCGAUGGCUGUUAGGUCGCAUCGAAGCAACUAUACCAGGUCAGGACAACCACGUCCGGGUCGCGGAUGUUCGGACGUCGAAAGGAAUCAUAAGGCGACCGAUUCACAAAUUGGCCCGUUUACCAAUUAAUUUAAAGUAA